AUGGAAAUCAGUGGAUUCACCGCUCUGACUUGGUCUCAUAGCGUUUGUCCUUCUCUUCACCUUCCUCAACCCCUCUUUACCAGAGAGGCUAGGAGGCUUAGGGUUUGGUGCGGCACUGGUCAAACCUCCAAGGGAAAUCAAAUGAUCAUAUCUGUAACUGGAGCAACAGGUUUUAUAGGUAGAAGGUUGGUGCAAAAGCUGCAAGCAGAAAAUCACAGCGUUCAUGUCCUCACUCGCUCUAAAUCUAAAGCAGAACUAAUUUUUCCGGUAAAAGACUUUCCAGGAGUUAAGAUUGCCGAGGAGCCAGAAUGGAAAGAUUGCAUUCAGGGUUCAACAGGUGUUGUGAAUUUGGCAGGAUUGCCGAUAAGUACCAGAUGGUCUUCUGAGAUUAAGAAAGAAAUCAAGCAGAGCAGGGUAAGAGUGACUUCAAAAGUUGUAGAAUUGAUUAAAAGUGCACCAGAUGAUAUUCGGCCCAAAGUUUUGGUUAGUGCAACAGCUGUUGGUUAUUAUGGCACCAGUGAGACGCAAGUAUUUGAUGAACAAAGUCCAUCAGGAAAGGAUUACCUGGCUGAGGUUUGCAGAGAAUGGGAAUCAACGGCUCUAAAGGUUAAUGGAGAUGUUAGAGUGGCUCUAAUUCGCAUAGGUGUUGUUCUUGGUAAAGAUGGUGGAGCUCUAGCUAAAAUGAUACCUCUCUUCAUGAUGUUUGCUGGUGGACCUAUAGGUUCUGGAAACCAGUGGUUCUCCUGGAUUCAUCUAGAUGACAUUGUCAAUUUAAUAUAUGAAGCUCUAUCAAAUCCAUCUUACAAAGGAGUUAUCAAUGGAACUGCACCAAAUCCUGUGAGAUUCUCAGAGUUGUGUGAACAGUUGGGACAUGUCUUGGGCCGCCCCUCGUGGCUUCCAGUGCCUGACUUUGCACUCAAGGCUGUUCUUGGAGAAGGUGCUUUAGUGGUUUUAGAAGGGCAAAGAGUGGUUCCUACUCAAGCGAAGAAGUUGGGUUUCUCAUUCAAAUAUUCAUACGUGAAGGAUGCCCUUAAAGAAAUUAUUUCUUGA